AGCCGCCGCCCGUACCAUACCGUACCGUACCGUACGGUGCCGUGCGGCUUCGCCAGGGGAGGGGCGCGGAGGGCGGCGCGUCCCGUCCCGCCGCCGCCUCCUCCUCCACCUGCUGCCGCUGCGCCAGUAGCCGGCUGGGGGGAGCCGCCCGCCUCAUCCCCGCGGGGGCCCUUUGUGCUGCUGCUCCAGAGCUGCCCUCAGCCAAGCGGCGGCUGCGUCACGGCCCAGGCGCUGCGGCCGCCCAGAGUCACCCCGCCGCGGGAGAACCGCCGCCUCGCCCCCCACCCCCCCUCCGCCAUUGCUGCGCGGGCCGCGGCGGAACGACGCCUCGCCGCCCCCCGAGGAAGGGCCGGGAGCCGCGGCGAUAAUCCUUCUAUCCUAGAAGAAUGGUGAAACUGGGGAAUAAUUUCAGCGACAAGAGCACAAAGCAGCCCCUUUUGGAGGAUGGAUUUGACACCAUCCCCCUGAUCACACCCCUGGAUGUCAAUCAGCUCCAGUUCCCGCCUCCUGAUAAGGUUGUGGUCAAAACGAAAACAGAAUAUGAACCCGAUCGCAAGAAGGGAAAGUUCCGUACUCCUAAAAUAGCUGAAUUCACAAUCAGCAUCACUGAAGGGGUUUCAGAAAGAUUUAAGGUAACCGUGCUGGUCCUUUUUGCCCUCGCAUUCUUAACGUGUGUUGUAUUUCUGGUAGUCUACAAGGUUUACAAGUAUGAUCACACCUGUCCAGAAGGAUUUGUUUUCAAGAACAAUCAGUGCAUUCCGGCUGGGUUGGAAAACUACUACUCUGAACAAGACUCCAGCACCCGAGGGAAGUUUUACACAGUGAUAAACCACUACAACCUGGCCAAGCAAACCAUCACGCGCUCCGUGUCCCCCUGGAUGACGGUGCUGUCCGAAGAGAAACUGUCUGAGCAGGAGACAGAAGCUGCCGAGAAAUCGGCUUAGUGGGAUCAGCUAAUUAGUAACACUAUGUCAUUUGAAGGUAACUAAGGGACUUUAAGGAACUUUUCAUUAAAUAUAAUUAUGGAUACUUUAGAGGUUACUCAUGUUUAUGGUGCAACUGCUUCUGUUUGCUGAUACUGCUUUGCAAAAAAACAAAAAAACCAAACCAAAACAAAAACUUGCUGCAGAACAUUCAUGGGCAGAAACCAACUGGCAUCGCUUUAGAGCUCUGACACCCUGUGCGAUGUUAACAGCAUCCACCCUUCCAGAUGUUCUUGCAGUUUAUUGAGAGUCUGGCAGAUUGCUUCACUGGAUUUUUCAGGGCUUGGACCUCAGAUGAAUCAUGUGUUCUGUUGUCUGAACCUUAUUUAUCAACUUUUUAAUUCUUUGUCAUUUUGCAAACUGAAACACCCCAGCCAUAAGCAGAGUGAUCUCUUGUUUAGCUGAAAGCUGUGUUUAAUACUUGGGUUUGGCUCAAGCAAGAAUGAUGUCAGGGGCAUAAUGUCAUGACUUGUAGGGAGAAAGAACCUGUCAGGUAGCAUUUUUCUUACAUUUUCUUUACUGUUGUUUAUUUGUAAGUGAUAAUGUUCUUUGCAACAAGGCAUGCUCAAUGGUUUUAUUAUUGCUGUCAACAGGAUUUUACUGCAUUUCCACUGUGGCUUUAGCAUCUUGGUAAGGAUGUGCACUGAAACACAAACUAGAUAGACAUUAGGGAAGGGAAAAACACAGGCAGCGUGAGGGAGGGAGGGUGAGGACAAGGAAACAGAGACAGUUCAGGCUGUCUGUAUGGGAAACAGCACCUUUGCAUCAUCCUGGCGAGGCAGCAAGCCGGCUCACAGCAGGUGCCUAAUUUGUUGGAUACAACCAAGGGAGUAGCAAGUCCAAAUUUAACUCUUAUUACAUUAACAUCUUCCCCUUUUAUUAAUUCCAAGGAGCUCUUAGUUUACGUAUGGUUUGCAGCUUGCCACUUUUUAAAGCACAGGGCAUCACACGUGAAAGUGCAGCGUAUUUGGUGACACAGCUGUCUGCUUUAAAGCUACACGUGAAAUGGAGCAAAGAAUAGAACUGUGUGUGGCUGGGGAGGGGAAGAGAUGUAGAAGAAUAUAGUAGGGUGGGUUCAGGUUAAAGUUUCAAAGUAAUUACAAACUUCUCUAUUCGUUGUGUGAAACCAUGUUUUCAUUUUUUAUUAUAAAUCUGAAAUAUCUUACAGAAAAGACAUCAUCUUAAUUUAACAAAGGCAAUGUGAAGCACUGAGGCAAGUCACCAUGGUGUUCGUGGCACUCGAAGGGGACAUGGUGGAGUGGACAUGUCAAAAGUUCUCUUUUUCUUUUGGGAGAGACUACACAAAAAUGCAGGGAAAUGAUCAGGGUAGGCUGUGUCUUGAGUUCUGUAGCAGAACAAACACAGUCAGCUUUGCUUUUAUUCUUCUCCAGCAGAAUUGCUUUAUCAAGCCCCUUUCCUACCCUAUGGUACAAAUAACUGUUAGCACUCAAGGUUUGGUGUGAAAUGGGCAUUACACAGCAAUCUGUAAGAAGCUUUUUAUUAAGUCAGUUUGGUAUGUGGAAUGCAUAAAAAGAGCAAUAAGUUAUGUGCCAAAUUUUCCUUUGCAUUUGAAAAUAUCAAGCUAGUUGAAGAUCUGGAAAGCCUCCCUCCCCCAUUUGCAUUUCCUCACACACGGGCUUUAGGGGGUGACAAGUCAUUCUACAUGUAACUUUUGACAUUUUCACUCUGCAGAGUAAAGCCUGAGGAGGCCGCUGCGUGUUGCGUGUCCUGUAGAGAGGACACAGGAGAGAGAGGGCAAAACACACAUUUCGUACAGAUGUAGUUACAGAGAACAUUCCACUCUCACACCCUGGAAACAUCUAUUCCCCAAGACUGUCCUACACAGAAAUGAUUCAUGGCCCAUCUUCUCCCCUGAAAUGUAGGACAAUAAAAACUGCUGCUGAGAAACAACUUCUUUCUCAUAACAAUAAAUGUUAAGAAAUACCAAGCUUUAAGAGCUAGGAGAAACAGAUGCUUAUGCUUCGUAAAGUCAAACUCCUUUUUUCCUGCCAUUUAACAGGAGGGAGGUUCCUCACUCCCACCUAGUUUUGAGAUUGUUUUGGGUUUGUUUUGUAUUUUUUAGUUAACAAAUUGUUCCCAAUUUCAGUGCUUUGAAGAGUUUGGCUUUAAUAAUGUCAAUCCUUUGCCUUUGUUCCCCCAUCCCAGAACAUCUGUGUCACUGCACAAGCUGUUUGUGUUGUAUUCUCUCUUCACCCAGAAGGAAAGUGCCGCAGCUGACUUCUUACCAUUGCUGUUACUAUUACAUCAACCUGAUCUCCGACUCGAGUAGUUUCAAAGGAUUAGAAGUAGAGGUCAUACAUGUGCGAAAUGAUCACUGUGUACUGAAGUGGUAUGAUUAAAUAAAAGCCUGAGACAGUGUA